AUGAUGUCGACGCAACACUCUGGGGGAUUUGGUCCCGUCGAAUUCUUAGUCACGGUCCCGCAUCAGUCUCUGAGGUUGAUGGAGGUUCCGGCGGAGUUGGUCGCUGUGAUCGAGGCGGAGAGGGAACGAGUUGACCAACAGAGGAGAAAGGGAGGUUCAAAGGGGAGAGGGCUGAAGUCACGAUUACAAUUCAAAUCAUCCCCCAACACCCCGCAUCCUUCGACUUCCCCUUCCGCUCCCGAUAAAUCUUCAUCUUCAUCUUCAUCUGCUCAACAGGGACAUCUCCAUCUAUGCAGUGACGACAAGGUCUGGGCAGUCAAGCAAGUCAGUACCAGUAAUAGCGUAUAUAUCACUCGGACACAGACACAGACACACACUCAACCAGCACCAGCAGUUUUGGCAGCAGCCUCGAGUUCAACAGCAGCGCCCAAAGAUGUCGACGCCGACGCCGAUGGAGACGCCACGAUGGCCUCGGCUACGGCUUCAUCAAAUCCAACAGCUUCAGCCCCAGUACAGCACUACACGUCACAAUCACCACAAUCACGCCAUGAUCCUGCCGCCUCAUCAGACAUAAACGGUACCGCCCGACCAGGAAUAACAGCUCUAUCUCAAGUCCGCAACAUUCUCGAACUCGUCCAAAUCACCCCCUCGGACGCCGAGAUCGAAACACACAUUCGAAAUAUCGUACCUGUUUACGACGACCCGGAUCGGGAAGUCGACAACAACAACAACAGCCACUUCUCACACUCAUCACUAGCAUCAUCUGCCGGCCUCGACUCAAGUACUGCUACUACCCUCCAACAAGUCCUAGACAACAUCCCCGCUUCGACGAAUCAGAUUCUCCGGGUCCUUCGACAUCUAUUCGCUUUUCAGUUGCCGUGGCCUUUACCGCCGAGCUCGGGCGAAAGCGAGAGCGUGGGCGUGGCAAAAGCACCAAAUGGCCAUGACACCUUAACCUCACCAGCCAUCUAUCUACCAACCACCCACCUCCUCCUUCGAGCAUGGAAAACAUUCAUUCAGCAAUGUGUCAUUUCCGGAAUCAAUCUAUCCACCAUCUUUGGACAAUCCCAAACCCCACAUGACCAACAAGACCAAAACGUCCAAAAAGUAUUCAAAGACAUGCUCUCCCAAGCAGACACAACCCAAGACGGCAUUCUCGCCGUGACCGUGAUGAGAGCGAUCCUACGACAUUUCAACGAUACCCAAACAAUCACAAACACCAACACCAACACCAACACCACCUCCUCUUCUUUGACAGUAUCCGAUACCGACCUAGACCCAGGACCAGAACCAGACCCAGCCUUGGAUCUGGAUCUGGAAGACUCAAGUUCAACCUGCUCAACCUGGAACAAGAAACUGAAACUAGAUCCAGCCGCUAUCCGUGACGCUGUGGGCAUGUGGUUUCUUUUGUCGCUGAAAGAUAAGCUCGCAAGUAAUCCUACUACUACUAACACUACUACUGGUGGCGGCGGUGGUACUAAUUCAAUCACUCUGAACGAAAUCACCAAACAAUGGGCCGAACUACUACCCGACGUAUGGGCGCCCGAUUCGGAUGACGCCACGUCUCUUAUCAGCUCGAUCGGGGAAACGUACGGGAUGGAAUUGCCAAAAACAACGUCAGGAACAGCAGAUGACGACAAUAACGAGUCUGAACAAGUCCUGAAAUUCUCGUCCUCGUUUUCUGCACGCGAUGGUGACAGACUUGGAUUCGCCAAGCAGGUCGGCAAUCGUCCAGUGCCAGCACUGCCAGUGCCAUCAGCCGGGGCCAAGCGGCAACAGGCCCAGAGUCAGACCAAAAAUCAGGAUGCGGAUCCGGCUGGCCAAAAGAAGAGGAAAUGGCACGAAAAAUUCGCCGCGCAGAGAAGGAAGCCAGAGAAAUGA